UUGUCCUUGCUAGAUCUUGCUUGAAAUAACCCCAUGAGGUUCUAUAUAAAAGAGCCUUCAGUUGCAUUUUUUCAGGUUAGAGCUACAGGAUCCAAGCAGAGUAUUAUGUUCCUCGAGUUGAAGUCUUGGUGCAAAUUCCCACUGUGGCCUUUGGGCAAAGCUUGAACAUCUUCGUUCUCUGUUAUACAGGCUAAACACUUCAGUGAUUGAUAUAGUCAAGGAUCAUACAGACCCAAAGGUUUAGUGCACAUCUGUAAGUUAGGGUUUCCACCAAUUUUUCAGACUGGGAAGCUGAGGCACAAAUAGGUGGUAUGAGUUUUCUAAGAUUAAAAACAAAUGAGUCGGUCUCAGCUACAGUUAGAACGAAGUUCCUGACUUCAACCUUGUAUUCAUUCUUCCAGGCCCUGUUUCUUCACAAUACUUAUUUUUCACUCAUUCAGUUCAGUAUGUUAAUGCCGUUCUCUGGCAGCAUCUGGAGGAGAGAGGAAGGGCGGGAUUCUAGUCUCUUUUUUUCUAAUUUGUUUUUAACUUUUCCACAGGUGCUGGGGAGAACCUGGAAAAUACAAUGACCGCAUUUCAUCACGCGGUUAAGAUAGGGACAGACAUGUUGGAGCUAGACUGUCACCUGACGAAAGACGAGCAAGUGGUGGUAUCGCAUGAUGAGAACCUGAAGAGAUCGACUGGAGUUGACAUCAAUAUAUCUGACCUCAAGUACUCGGAGCUCCCGCGUUAUCUCAGCAAGUUGGAUGUCACGUUUCAGAAAGAGUGCCACUGUGAGGGUAAAGAUAAUCGUAUUCCACUGCUGAAGGAAGUGUUUGAGGCAUUCCCCCAAACUCCUGUCAAUAUUGACAUCAAAGUGAACAACAAUGUGCUGAUUAAGAAGGUUUCAGAGUUGGUGAGCCAGUACAAACGAGAGCAUUUGACUGUGUGGGGCAAUGUCAGUCAUGAAGUUGUAACGAAGUGUGUUAAGGAGAAUGCAGACAUUCCUACUAUCUUCUGCUUGCAACGUGUCCUCCUCCUUGUUGGCUUGUUCUACACGGGGCUGCUGCCAUUCAUUCCCUUCAGGGAAGAGUUCUUAGAAAUACCCAUGCCUUCGAUCAUUCUCAAGCUGAAAGAACCACACAAAAUGACAAGAAGCCAAAAGUUUAUCGUCCAGUUUGCUGAUGCAUUGUUAAUGAGGAAAACCCUAUUUGACCACCUCACUGCUCGAGGCAUUCAGGUGUAUAUAUGGGUACUGAAUGAAGAACAGGAAUAUAAGAGAGCAUUUGAUUUGGGAGCAACAGGAGUGAUGACAGACUAUCCAACAAAGCUUAAGGAGUUUUUGCGUCAUUAUCCAGAGUGAAGAAGGAAAAUCAUUGAAGAUCUUAAAAGGUGGACAGUGAGCCAAGGAUUUCCUUCUUUCAUCAGAACUUUUCAGCACCAUACACACAAAUCAUUUGCCUAAUGGUGGAAGAUGUAAUCACCUGGGUUUUAUUGCCUCAUUCUGAAGUUGCUACACAGUGUAGUAUAUACUAUUCUAUUUAUUUUACAUUUUAAUGGCAUAGUUUACAUUUGUAAAUAGCUCUGUUACUACUGGUGAUAUAAAGAGAGAAGGCUGCGGAUAGGAUACCCACAGAUCAUAUGCAGAAUCACAAGUGCCCAUUUAUAGGCAUCGAAUGGUAGUGCAUGAAAAUCAUUCCAGUCAAAUGCUGUUGGGCAGAAAUAAUUUCAGCAUUGUACAUCACUAUAUGUACCUUUCAUGGUUUGAGUUAGCUGAUAAUGUCCAAGUAGUGGGCAGGGAGGGAAAUGAAUUGGCACAUAGGAGAAAAUAGGAAGGUUGCAUCUGUGGAUACCUGGACAGUUUGCCCUGUGAAAUGUAGUCAGUAAAGAUGGUAAUUUACGUUACUGUAAUUUUACCAAAUGAAACGUUUAGGCCAGUAUAGGUUUACUUAAUUGCUCUUGUUAAAAGGAUGUUGGAGUUUAUCUCUAGCUGUAAUUGCUCCCCUUUUGGUGUAACAACAAUAGUAUGACUUGUUAACUUGAUAUUUAGUUUAAGCAUCUAAGUAGGCACAUAGCUCUGGAUUCUGAAUGAACUGUUGCGUUAUGUUCAGUUUGCUUAGAAAACAAUUAUUAUUGCAGAUAAGGGCUGUAUUUUUUUUGCCUACAUACAAAUUCAUAGACAAAUUUUACUCCUUUAAAACUGAAGAAGAAAUUUGACUUUGUUUCAAGACUUGUGCUCUAAAGCACAAGCAUUUGCAUAUCUUCAUUGUUUAGUGUAACAAGCUAACAGCCUUUUCCGUGCUUAACCUAAGUACGUAGUGUCCACAAAAAGUGUUCUUUUCUUUUCUGUCUUGCGGUAUACCAGACAGAUUUCUGAAAAAUCUUCACCAGCGUCAGAGUCCUGCUGCUCUGGCUGAAAUACUGUAGCACCAACAGAACUCGCGUGUCUCACUUUGUAGAUGAGAUUAUUGUGCCACUUUAGCAGUUUGCAAGCCAGUUUUCCUGAAAGAAGGAGUAACCACACCAUUGAUAGGAGAAAUUGAAUCCAAUUUUGUGUUUAAAAGAAUCUUUUUCAAAAGGGAAACUAAGGUCGAAGGUGCCCUUAUGCUUUCACAGUGGCUGAAUCCCAUUGGGCUGAUGGAUUGGAAAUCACUUUUAAUGCGAGGGACUAUAGGAAAUGGAGAGUGAAGAUUGGCCCAGGGAAUCUGAAGGCAAUGAAGAAAGUACCCACUAAACACAGCUUGCCCAAGGCAGAUUUAAUAAUGUCAGUAGAUCAGUGUUCAUUAUUACACAGACAUCUCUAAGAAUAUAUUACCUACUGCUCCUUCCUCUUAAAAAGAAAUCUAUGCUGUAUGUGCGGUAGUGGUACUCAGAGCAGCAGUGGUUUGUUCUGGGUCUGCAUUAUCUGCAAGGGGGGAUCCCUUUUCCACCAAAACCAGUAAACUCAACACGCAUGGAAUUUGGAUGUACACGCAGCUAAAACCAAUGCUGUUGGCACAAGCCGGGGAACCUCAAGUGUCUGAGGAAGGCAUAUGGUAUUUACUAGAAUUACACGUGCCGUUUCCUUCUCACAUGUGCGCAUCAAGCAAGGAACUGGGCCUCUGAUUUCAUCUUUCUGUGUUUGGCAUUGCUGCUUUUGUAUCAAGUUCUUCUCAGGUAGUUUUAGGUGGCUCUGGUCUGUCUGUACACGGUGACCUGCAGGAGGCUCAGUCGAUCCGUCUACAGACGUGAGAAACUAAACUGUAUACCUUCAGUAUCGGCACCUGACAUUUUUUUGAGACGCUCCUCUGCGAACAGGACCUCAUUCAAUAGGAAAAGACCUCACCAGACACAGGACUAACAUACUUGUAAGACUUUUAAAAUAUUUUAAUGAAGGAACAGCUUGAACUAAGAGUGACUCCCCUGUUGCCUCAGACUUUUAAGGACUUUCUUGCUUCCCUCCGCAGUCUCCCAUCCCCCAGCCUCACGCCCCAGAGCAGCAGCUGUGAAGCCUGUUAGCUGGUUCACUGUACAGCAAGGACUUCCUUCUAAAGCAAAGAGCGAGAAUGUCGAGUUCAUUUGGACGGACGAGCGUUCUUAAAUAGCUGUAAUAAACUUACAUCUGUGUCAUGUCAUUGAAACUAGAGAGCAAAUACGUUCUGCGGAACAUGCUCUUUUAGCAGACAACGCAAAAGAAGUGCCAUGUAUGUUGUUUCAAGUCAACAAAUGUUGGUGGCAAAUAAGUUAAUGGUGUGCUUAAAAUACGUAGCUAGUUAUAAAUAGACAUGGAUCUGAUUUCACUUUAAUCUAGUCAGUCCUGAAGCAUCUCAGCAUCAGAGCAAAUACACGUCAUGGUCUAACUCUUUACUGGGGGGAGGAGGAGGCGGAAGAUGCAUCCUCAGUAACUUGCUAUGUUUAACUUGUAGUUCUCAGUCCAGAUCAGUUAGCCCCAGCCAGAUAACUGCGUGUAACCAGAACAGUUGCACCUUCUCUUGCUUUCUAGCAGAAAUGGAGAGCUACAGAAUAGCUGUGCAUUGUGGUUUUUAGUACAGAAAUGAGCAACAUCCAUCUUUCUGCUCGCAGCUCCCCACGUCUGUGCAUCAGGUGCCUACCAAAAUAGAGCAUCCCCAGGAAAACUGCCCUGUCUCAAUUUGGCUACAUCAGCCCAGUGUAUAAAGUGAGAGGGGAACAUCCUGUGUUUUUUUUUCCUGUUCUGAAUGCACUGCUUUCUUAUUUCCAGUAUAAAUGUCCUAAUGGGAGGAUUACUCCCUUUUUAGAGAAUGCUACCAUUUAGCACCUGCACUUUUUUUUUUAAGACAAAAAACAUUGCUUAAAUUGGGAAAUGCUCUAAGGCUUGUAAAAGCACCAUUUGUGGCUUUUAAAAUCCAACUGUGUCUCAUUGCAAGGGUGGUAUCUUGAUUUUUACACUUAAAAUUCCCCUCACCCCUACAUAAAUAAACUCUUUAUGUAGAGUUCAGAAGCUUGGUCAUGAAAAUGAUAUAUAAUGAGAGGUUUCACUUGUUAAAUGAAUGAAGUUUCCAUCGUCCCAAUCUUCUUUCUCUGUUUUUGUGGAAAGGGUGUUGGAAAUCUCCAUUUCUUCCAUGGGUGCUUAGUACACGCUAUGUCCACUAGACUUCCCACAUCUAAAUGCAGCUGGUGGCUGCAACAUUUGUACAUGGCUUCAGUCUUUGAUAAAUUUGUCCUUGGCAUCUGAAUUUUGGAGAAGUCAAGGAUGACAAGAGAUCAGGGUUCGACCACUUUUUGAAAUUAUUCAUGUCCACCACCCCCCUGUAUUUUUUUGCUAAAAACCAACGUCUUACCACCCUAGGACAAAAAGGCACUGGAAUCCAUUUGGCUGAAUGAGGCUUUGUACCAUGACUCUAUGAAUACCACUGCAUAAUAGGUAUUAUCUUGCUUAUGUUAUAGAAGCAAUUACUGAGCCUACAUAAUUGUACAGAAAUUCAAAAAUGCUUGUUCUAUCACGAUUUUGAAUACUCCAGAAAUUGUUGUAGAGGCUUAAGAAACAUGUUGUACAGAAAAGCAUUUGGUGAAGACUUGCACUGUAUUCAGUGUGUUCAUCUCCCUCAGGGAGAUGUUUUCAGGUACUUUACAUUUUAACACUGUCUAGCAUUUUGUGUGGUGUCAUACCUGUGGCAGAGUAUCUUAUGUGUGAAGGAUGCUGCAAAAUACUUCAUGCACUUUUAAGUUGCAAGAAUGCUUGUCGGCCUCUCUUGCUCCUCGUGGAAAACUAUGAAUUGAUGUCCUUAUUUGUUCUUUUCUGACAAAGGUUAAGCCCUAUGAAAUGUGACACACUAAAAUGCAUUUGCUCACAAAAGCUGUCAUCUGAAUAUUCGGUCAUUCUGACUUCCCUGACUCAAAUAAAGAGACUCAUUUCUGAGGUCGCUUUGCUGAA